GAUGGAGGCCGAGCUGAAGAUUUCAUCCUGUGUUGUUUGAAAGCAGAGGCGCGUUUAUUGAGAGAUUUGAAUGAAUUUACAGCGCAGUGUGUGGCUCUCUCUCCCUCUCUCUGCUGAUGGGAGUCAAUGGAGCUCACCGUGCGCUCUUUGUCUCUCGCUUUCUGUCAUGUGACAGUAGCCAUUCAAAUAUAUUUAUAUAAUUUUGACUUGAUUACGCCAAAGGUUUAAGUCCUGGUCACGUGACCUGGGUGUCGCGAUCCACGCUUCGGAAGCUGGACGCUGCUCGCUGCUGCAGGUCUCCUGCCGUUUAUGGUUUACACGCUGAAGGAGAACAAACUGAGGAGCAGAGGAGACGAAAGGAGCGCUGACCGCGAUCACUGCAGCUCUUUUUAAAGGUCGACUCUCUAAAAAGCUGUUCAGCAGGAGGAGAAGAGUCUGACGGAGCAGCAGAGGAACAUUUUCACCCACCUGUACUCAGGUCAGCCACUACAGAGGAAACAAUGAGCUCAACACAAAAGGACCAACAUGGAGCGAGAAGUCAGCGCUCUCAGGAGGCCGACAAACCUCACAGAAGAAAGAGAGAGAAAACAUACAGCUGUGAGGAGUGUGGGAAGGAUUUUACUGUAAAGUCUAACCUAAGAAGACAUCAAGUGAUCCACACUGGAGAGAGACCGUUCAGCUGUGACUUGUGUGGAAAAUCUUUUAGUUUGAGUAAUACCUUAAAGACACACAAACGCAUUCACAGUGGAGUUAAACCAUUCAAGUGUAACCUGUGUGGAAAGUGUUUUACUCUAAAGAAUAACCUAAAUAGUCAUACGCUCAUCCACACUGGAGAGAAACCAUUCAGCUGUGAGUUGUGUGGAAAACCUUUUAGACAGAAGAGUGGGCUAAAAAAUCACCAACUCAUCCACAGUGGAGUUAAGGCUUACAAGUGUGAUCAGUGUGGUAAAUCUUAUACUCGCAAUGAUGCCUUACAGACUCAUCAAGUUUCCCACUUUGGAAUUAAGGCGUACAGCUGUGACUUUUGUGGGAAAACCUUUAACAACCUUGGACGCCGAAAUAAACACCAACGCAUUCACACUGGAGAGGAUGUGUACUGCUGUGAUCAGUGUGACAAAUGGUUUACAACAUAUGCACACUUACAAAUCCACAAAAUUACCCACACCGAAGAGAGAUCCUAUAAAUGUGACCUGUGUGAGAAGACUUUUAAAUAUCCACAUUCCCUGAAAGAACACCAACAGAUCCACACUAGAAAGAGACUCUACAAGUGCAGUUACUGUGAGAAGCAGAGCGACACAGAUGGAUCCAGUUCUCAACCCUGUCAUCACUGUGGUGGUGGGAAAGUAUUUCACUGUGACCUUUGUGGAAAAACUUUCUAUCAUCAAAGGAAUCUAAAAAUACAUCAACGUGGACAUACUGGACAAAAGUUGAACUACUGCAAAGAAUGUGGCAGAGGCUUCCCCACACCUAGUGCAUUAAAACGCCAUGAACUCAUUCACAGUGGGGUUAAAAAGCACGUCUGUGACCAGUGUGGGUCAUCCUUCACCACUGCAGGUCAGCUUAAAGCACAUAAACGAGUCCACACAGGAGAGAAACCAUACAAGUGCACAUACUGUGACAAAAGCUUCUCUCAUUCAAAUAGCCGUAUACUUCAUGAACGUACACACACUGAAGGAAACUACAGCUGUGACCAGUGUGACAAAAGCUUCAAGAAUCUCAGUUCAUACUCCAGACACAAACGAUCCCACGCUGUAAAUAAACAGUUUCAGUGUGACCAAUGUGCAAAAACAUUCACUUCAUUAUCUGCUCUGUGCAAACAUCAACGUGAUCAUACAGGGCUGAAAUCACUCCCAUCAUUUGGUCACAGUGAAUCCGAAGAGAUGAAAAUCUCCUCUUCUGGUUGCAGGGACAGACUUAAAAGCCUUGAGAUCAGGCUCCACAGAGUUCAGAUGAAAUCUCCUGUAAAGGGUGUCAGCUAAUAUCACCGUUAGAUCUGAUGAGGUAGUGUUUCUGGGCUUGCAGUGAGUAAUAGAGUUCAAAUGUAAGAAUCUGCAUAUACAGCAUAUAUAUAACAAGUAUUUUUCCUAGAAGCUCUUCAUGCUCCAAAAUGUCCCAGUUACAUUUUAGUCUCUUCCCUUCAAAACAGUAAUAUUUGGUGGUAGUAGUACUUGUGUUAUAAAGUUGCAGAAAUACCUCUUGUGAGUCAGUGAGCGUGCCUGUGUAGCCAUUAUUUAAUUAGGCUGAAGAACACAUUCUUAUUUGCAUUGGUGGCUUGCAGAAGGAAAAGCUACUUGAAGAAAUGGGGUUAAGUUGUAAUAGAUACAUUGUACGACUGAGAACUAAUUCUGCAUUGAUUUUAAAUAUUCAACAUGUGGUGAAUACUGAAAGGAAGUGUAAGUCUCACAGCAUGUAUACUGGCAUGUUCAGACUUGCUCAUAGAGGGAGGGUGAGUGAUAGGGAUCCAUGGAGAUAGUGCAAUAAUCAAUGUUUCGAGACGAUUCAAUCGUAUUUCCUCCGAACUCUGUGCGGAGCAGACACACCUGGAAGAUGGGAUUAUACUAAGGAUUUGCAGUUGGAUUAUAAAGCAGAGUGCAAGAGGAUUAACCAUCACCAAACAAAUGCCAUCCAAGAAAUUGAUCUGUAAGACUUUUCUACUAAGUUCACUGUACUGUACUGGAUUGUAAACAGUAAGGAAAUCAAGGGACAUCAGAUGGAGUUGGUACUUUGACAUCUUUUUUCAUCAAACAUGCAGGGAACAACAAAACAUACAGAGCAUCUAUGCCUCCCCUUUUCACCUGAUUCUGGCUUUGACGCUCCUACUCUGUGCUGUAGUAAAUUCUAUUUGACAAGCAGUUUCUGAUGCGCCAGAACAUGACACCGCACCAGAGUUCCCUUCACCGUCAAGCAGCAAGUCAGAGGAGUGACAGGUGUAUUGUUCGUACCGCUCCAACUCUGAGCACUAUCUGUUUCAGUGCACCUACUUCAGUCAACUGACUACAGGUCAGAAGUGCACGUGGGUGCAGGCUAAUAAGAAGUGUUGGCACUGUGGCUAUGACCACUAGACUGCAAGGUGUUGACGUAAAAGGACGUGAGAGCAAUGUAAAGAGACCCACCUGGAUGACCUAAGAAGGUCAUCCAGGUGGAAGACAGCCGUUAGCAGAGGAAGACAGCCGUGGUGAAAGAUGUAGCUGUGCCGAGUGAGGAGAACAUCAGAUCAUCCACGCUGGAGUGAAACCUUUCAACUGCCAUCAAUAUUGCAAGUCCUUUGGUCAGAUUAGCAUCUUAAAUUUGCAUAAGCUUAUUUAAGCUGGAAUUAAACCUUUAAGUUGUGCUCAGAGUGGAAAGUUCUUUGGUAGUUUUUAUCAUGUAAAAAAAUAGUGCUGUUAGCGUUAAUCUCGUUAAAAUGACGUUAACACUAUAACCGCACAUGAACUGAAUAAUAAUAAUGCAAACUGCAGAUGUAAGUAUUAUUGUGCUGACCUUUGUGGAAAAACAUUCAGAGUGGAGUGUGCUCUAAAAACACACCAACACAUGAAUACUGCACACACUGCUGUGACAAAAUUGCCAGACCAUUGGGUUAAACUUUCAAAGUUUAAGAUCAGGCUUCACAGAAUUCAGCUUUAAUCUCCUGUUUAGUGUUACUGCGAGAAAGUCCAUCAGAUUAGUUAUGACCUUAGACGUGCUGUCUGGUGCAAGCAAGUAUUGGUAAACUUUUAAAGUAUUCAGCUAAGUAUCAGAAAAGUACCGGGACUGUUAGUAUUAUCAAGUAAAUAAAAAGACUACAGAUGUGAUGUUUGCUUUGAGGAUUUGAUUGAGAAGUACAGACAAUGAAAUUUACCCCAUAAACUAGUUAUUUCCUGAUAACAGCUGCAUUUACACUGUGUUGUACUGGAUGCUUCAAAGACAUGAAUAUGUAGACUGUAUGCUAAUCUGAGGCUUUGUUUUACAUAAUCAGAUGUUUAUAGUCACCUUAUACAUUUAUAAGCUACAUACCAAGAAAUCAAAAUUACUCAGAGUAUAAUUUGUCUCCAUCCCGAUAAAAUACCUAAAAUUAUGCAAUACUUAAAGUUACUCAUGCAUUCUCUGAAUUUACUUACACAUUACUUAAAAUUAACAACAAGAAACUUUUUUCCUGCAAGAAACUUUAUUCUAGUGUACCUAAUUUUAAAUAUUUGUGCUUAAAGCCUUUGAGAUUCCAGAACCUCAGCAGAUGUAGUUGGUUAACCUAGUACAUACUUUUUAUUUCCUUUCAUGCAUUUAAUUGACUGCAUGCAUUUUUGUUGUCUCUGGUUUUGGCAAAAGCACAACCAGUUAAGCUUUGCUAGCUGUGUAUGAACACUUAUCUUGCGGCUUGUCUAAAUGUUGCUUUAACAAAACCUUUUAGCAGCAUGUACAUGUUCAUAUAGCAGUGCUUAAUUCUGUAAGUAUUCUAAAAACAGUUGUUUGUAAUAAAGGAUAUGAAGUGUAACAAUUAGAAAAAGUGCUAAAGCUUUAUUGUUACAGCAAUGUGUAUUUUCUCCACUAGGUGGAACCUUUUAUCUUUGUACUGAGCUGAAGUUGUAUGUGUUUGCUAACUGCCUGUCAGAACUUAACAGAUUUUGAAAUAUCCAUGUCUCCCAUUGAAUAAUGGAGGUGAAAAAACACACCUGUCUGAAGCUGGCAGCCAGCAUUUGCAGAGACUUCCUUUGAAUUGUUGUUAUUUAUUUAUUUAUUUAUUAGGUCUUCUGAUUUUACUUAAACUGUGCAAUAAAAAGCAGCAGAAUUCUGUCAGAACCUCCU